AUGCCUCCUCGUGCCAUCGCCAGUCCUAAGAAGAAACGAUCUGGCAAGCGCAAAGGAUCCGAUGCUUCAAAGGCCGGCUUGCCAAAGAAGUCUCGGGCUGCAGACAUUGCUGAGGUACCCAGCAUGGUACCCCUCGUGUCCCUUGGCCUGACUGGAGCAGAAGCGGAACAAAAUGCUCCCCGGCGUUCUGGUCGCCCUAACGCGGGAACUGGAGGUAGGAAUGCACAACUGGAGAAGAUUGGAUCAGUAUUGCAAUCCAAGCCUCGGACUCAAGAACGUAAGGGUACAACGUCCCUUGGUCUCAAUGUUCCAGUCAAUCCUCAAGCCCCAGAACCGCGUCGUAGAGGUCGAAAGAAUCAUUCAAAGGCAGUUCCUCCACCCUACAGCUCACUCGUUAGGGAUGCUCCAGAUGCCCCAGCCAAGGACAUUAUCGCCACAGGGCCCAGCUUUACAUCCCAGCAACCUGGUGGAAGGUUUGGAUUUGUUGCUCCAACAGAAAUAGCUCAUUCCGGUACUGCCCAGCCCAAUAUUCAGGCAUUGCACAACCCGCAUGUCACCAUUGGGGCGAAGGACGCUGAGCAGCGCGCUCGGGACGCCAUUGCCGAGCAACGAGCUCGAGAUGCCAUUGCCGAGCAACGAGCUCGAGACGCCAUUGCCGAGCAACGAGCUCGAGACGCCAUUGCCGAGCAACGAGCUCGGGACACUAUCGCUGAGAAGCGAACUCGGGAUGCAAUUGCUGAGCGACAUACCCAGAACGCUGUCUCUGAAUAUCCAGUGGUUUUGCCAAGUGAUGACAGCAAUGAUAGCAAUGAUAAAGAUGCUGAUGAAGAGGACAGCGGAGAGGAUGAUGAGGAGGAGGGGGGAAAUGAUGAUACAGUCAAGAGCUCACAGCAGUUUGGUUGGGGGGAGGCUGGCCGACGCCAGAAAGAACACCCAGGGUUUGUGGAGGAUGUACCACCUUCGCAAUCUCCAGUCGCUCGCCCUCUCACACCUGAAAUUCAGUUCCAGUACUCACGCGAUGAAGAUGAUGUAGUUGCCCAGACGAGCCUUGAUAAAACCUCGCGGAACGAAAGCUCUCAGGACCCUCCGGAUAUCUCACCAGGACCGCGGCGGCAAGCAUCCCAACACAUUGAGACCAUCACCUCGAAGCCUGACGAUGUACUACAACGCCAUCAUAAGAAAAACGGAAAGCCCCGUCUUCCUGAUCCUGAAUCCCUCGAACUGCUGAAUCAAGUGUCCGAGUGUGAUGUUCAGCCAUUGAAAAACAAAAAGUCUAGGUCAUCGCGUGGUGGGCCAACACCCGAUCAAUUAUCUUGGUACGGACCACGCUGGAAAAGUUUCUUGGAGGACGCCAAAGUAGAAUGUCGCGCGCAACACGCCCUGGAGAACCCGUUUCUAACUUUGGUGAAGAAUCUUCCAGGAACAAUCACUGAAGUUCUCAUUGCAGUAUUGGUUGUGUGGGAUACGAACGGUAAACAAUUUGAAGCUGGGGUUUGGCCAGAACACAAAUUUAAUAUGACUCGGUUGUCUGUAUUAAAGCUGUACGACGAUCUUUCGACUUGGCGAUCUGACUUGAAGAAAACAGCCAUAAGCAUUGCACCAGUAUCAUAUUCGCUUAUUCCUCCGCUUUCUGUCCCCGUUCAGGAACGUGCUGCUUGGGUCGAGCACACUGCUGCUGAAUUGAUCAAGGAAGCAUUCUUCUUACGCUUUGGGGUGGACGAUCAGGGGAGAACACGAAACUUCGCUCAUCCCGCCCUUCGUGAAGCCGUCAUCACAUUCUUUUACACAGGACCAUAUCGAAUUGCACGAAGGAUGCCGGAGACCUUUAGCACGGAAUUGCCACUCUCAUGUUUGGCUUUGGUUGCUGCGGCGUUCAAUUGUGUCUUCGACGGUCUUGUAAAAAACGGACAUGGGAAGUCAUACCCAAACUUUUCCACCAAGGACUACGGCCCCGUCUAUUGUCGGAUGCUCGAAUUGCUCAAACAUAUCCUUGAGGAUGCGUAUCAUGGGCCUAGGCUGUCAGCUCAACUGCGAGAAUGGGCUGCAGCGGGAUGGGCUGCAGCUAUGAAUCUCGAAGGAGUUGUUGAUGCCAGACACGACCACCUGCAGAUUCUUCUUGACUAA